CUGGUUGGUCCACACGUCAGGCAGGCCACAGUUGGCUCGAUGAGGGAGGAAAAAAGAAAUCGACGAGCUCACGGCCCUAUCCACAAUCGCUCGCGUGCUGCCGCCGCUCUCCCACGCACGCACGCCUCUUCCUCCUCACCAAUCUCCCAACCGCGGCGCCGGCGGACGGCACACAACGCCUCCGCCCUCCCGCGCCGGUGUGGAGCAGAUCAGGUCGUUCAGGGGUGCAGGCGCUUGCUCUUCCCCACCCCACGACCCCCCACAGGUUUUGCCUCCCCCUCUCUCCCUCUUGAUGAGGGGUCGUGUGCAGGGAUGCAAAUAGAGGGGGCGGAGCAGAAGGGGCUCACCAUGGAUGCUCAAGGAGGUAGCCUCAACGAUGGCCUGCUGCGCGCAGUGCCGCUGGUGAAGGAAAAUCGAUCACCUGAUGUUUUCUGUGUGGGAAGACGAGACCAUCUUGGCGUUCAGGGGAAGAAAGCGAGGAGGACUCAGGGGAGCCAAGAGGUAAAAUGGAGUUUCCUGGAAACACGGCCAUGA